CUCCUAUUUUUUCCUUUCUAGAUUCUUUCUCUCUCUCUCUCGGAAAAUCCGAUUUUCCUUCUCCAUUUUUUGCUCUUUGCUUUCUGCAUCUAACGGCACUAUAUAUAUAAAAGAAAAAAUAUCGCAAUUAUCGAUGCUUUCAGUUUUCACUCUCUUCUGGCUGUUCCUUGAGCUAUCUUUUUAGUUCAUUUUGUUUUUGUUUUUUUUGUUUUUGACUUCUUUUUCUUUAUUAUUGGUGAAAUUGAAGUUUUGGUUGUCGAUCUGUGAUGAACAGAAACGGUGAUUCUGGAUCGAGGAGUUAGGGUUUUGGUUGAGAGCGAUGGGGAGAGGGAAGAUCGCGAUAAGGAGGAUCGACAAUUCCACGAGCAGGCAAGUGACGUUCUCGAAGCGAAGGAACGGUUUGUUGAAGAAGGCGAAGGAGCUUGCGAUUUUGUGCGAUGCUGAGGUUGGAGUUAUGAUCUUUUCCAGCACUGGCAAACUCUAUGAUUUCUCCAGUACCAGCAUGAAAUCAGUAGUUGAUCGAUACAACAAAACCAAGGAAGAACUAGAUCAGCUUGGGAGUUCAACCUCUGAAGUUAAGUUUUGGCAACGGGAGGCGGCAAUGCUAAGGCAACAAUUGCUAAGUUUGCAAGAGAGUCACCGGCAAAUUAUGGGAGAAGAAUUGUCAGGUUUGACAAUCAAAGAUUUACAGACUUUGGAGAACCAGUUGGAAAUUAGCCUUCGCGGUGUCCGUACAAAAAAGGAUCAGCUUUUAAUGGAUGAAAUACAAGAAUUAAAUCGAAAGGUCAGUCUUCUCAGGAAAAAAAAAAAGGAUUCCACAAUACGUUUAAUCAAAAUGGUUUCUUCUAUUUAUUUUCUACAGGGGAACCUCAUACACCAAGAAAAUGUGGAUCUAUACGAGAAGAUAAACUUAAUCCGUCAAGAAAACAUGGAAUUAAAAAAGAAGGUAUAUGUAACAAAAGAUCAGAAUGUGGAGAAUAGAAAUUCUGUCCUGACAAACAGUCUAGCCAUAAAAGACGAUUCUCAAGUUCCUGUGUGUCUCCAACUAAGCCAGCCACAAUAAGAACACCAUGAGGCAUGUUCUGGAGCAACACAAAUAGGAUUGCAGCUGCAUUGAUGCAUUUACAGAGAUGAACGUUCCAUGGCUAUUAGCAAGAUAAAUGGAAUCAUAUUUAAUUUUGAUGUUUUACUGUAAAUGUAAUGACAUACACAGGCUACAAGCCAACAUCUCUUUGGUUUGAAAUGAUGAAAAUUGUCAAUAAAAGCAGCUCUGGCAUGUAACCCAUAAACAACGAAGCACGAAUCUUGUGUAAAUUUAAGACUCAAGUUUUCUAAAUUAGUCAAGGAGUCAAGUAGGCUAUUAUUAUAAAUUACAAAACAAAUUUAAGGUAAAUUCUCAAACACACUACAUUUUUUACAGUUUUGGACGUUUGUGGUGCUGGAGCAGUCAAGCAAACUACUAUUCUCUCUUAUUUUAAUUUGUCUCUUGAUUAGAGUUGAUUUAUUAUAACACUA